GCGCCAGCCUCCCCGUCGGGGGUGACGCCGCAGCGGACUGCCCUUUCCCAAGAUGGCGUCGAAGAUGGGUUCGCGACGGUGGAUGCUGCAGCUGAUCAUGCAGCUGGGUUCGGUGUUGCUCACACGCUGCCCAUUCUGGGGAUGCUUCAGCCAGCUCAUGCUGUACGCUGAGAGGGCCGAGGCGCGCCGGAAGCCCGACAUCCCAGUGCCCUACUUGUACUUCGACUUGGGGGCGGCCGUGCUGUGCGCCAGCUUCAUGUCCUUUGGAGUGAAGCGGCGCUGGUUCGCGCUGGGGGCCGCCCUCCAGCUGGCCAUUAGCACCUACGCCGCCUACAUCGGGGGCUACGUCCACUACGGGGACUGGUUGAAGGUCCGGAUGUACUCGCGCACAGUUGCUAUCAUCGGCGGCUUUCUUGUGUUGGCCAGCGGCGCUGGGGAGCUGUACCGCCGGAAGCCCCGCAGCCGCUCCCUCCAGUCCACCGGCCAGGUGUUCCUGGGCAUCUACCUCAUCUGCGUGGCCUACUCACUGCAGCACAGCAAGGAGGACCGGCUGGCCUAUCUGAACCAUCUCCCGGGAGGGGAGCUGAUGAUCCAGCUCUUCUUCGUGCUGUACGGCGUCCUGGCCCUGGCCUUCCUGUCGGGCUACUACGUGACCCUGGCUGCCCAGAUCCUGGCCAUUCUGCUGCCCCCAGUCAUGCUGCUCAUUGAUGGCAAUGUCGCCUACUGGCACAACACACGGCGCGUUGAGUUCUGGAACCAGAUGAAGCUCCUUGGAGAGAGUGUGGGCAUCUUUGGGGCUGCCGUCAUCCUGGCCACCGAUGGCUGAGUGGCACAGGGAGAGGCCGAGAUGGGCGCAGCAAGCCACCGAGGGCCACCCGCCUUCCUGCUUGCUGGCCCCGUUGUUUCCUUCUGCUUUCCACUCUGUUGGUUUGGUUCUUUGCUGUGUGUGUAUGUGUUGGUAAGAGGCAAGUCUCUUCCCUGGUACCUGGGCUCGGCCCUGGGUGGGUGGGAGCCCCGCUCACGAUGCCUUACAGGGCUUUUUCCUGUUCGGUGGUGGGAGACCUGAGGCCAGCUGCUCCCUGGGUCUCCUGUCUCAGAGAAGGGAGUAAGGCAGGGCUUGGGUGGGGCUACUGAGAAUGGAAGACAGAGGAAGACCAUGAACCAGAAGUGAGCAGAUGUGAAAAAUUCCUAUUUGAACCUGGCCAAGUGCAGCUAGGCUCUACAGUGCUUUCUGGAGACAGACUGAGACUGAGACUGUGUGUGUUGACACGUGGUCGGGGCUGGGAGGAGCCAGGGGCCAGGUGCCAAGGAGUGAGUUCUCAGGGUGUACUGGAGGCAGAAACAGCACUUGCUGUUGCCCCACCUUGAAAGCAGAGCAGGCCCCUGUCCGGGGUGUGCGGGGGUAGGGCAGGCGGUGGCUAGCUUCCUGCCUCCUGCCUGCUGUUUCCAGCUCUAUGGUUGGCCUGGUUGGGGUGAGUGCCCUCCCAAAGACCAGACCACACAGUCCUCCAAAAAUAAACAUUUUAUAUAGA